AUGAGAUGUCUAAUCGUUGCUAGGGAUAGAACAGAACUGAGUAACCAUGAAAAUAGUCUGAAAAAUAAAAUAGGAAGGGUGUGCCCAGUUGAUGUGGUAGAUGUAGCAUAUUUAUAUGAAACCCAGGAGAAAUGGGAUUUAUUCCGGUAUACUGUUGUUUUAACAUUUUUAGGGGAUGGAACUGUGCUGAAAACUCUUUCCGUGUGCACCGGGAAGAAGAAUGGGUUUGAAAGAGCAGAGUAUAUGGACUUUGAUAUAUCCUGGCCAAUGCAUAGUAGCGGCAGUACACCUAAUGACUCAGAUUUAUUACUAGAUAAUGGGAGGAGUACUCCAAUUAUAUUCUCAUUUGAUUAUGGGACGAAGGGAAGACUGUGCAAUAUAAAAAAAGAAAUCCAGGAAGAAGGAGAGGCACUUUUAGAUAAACUGUUAAAUGCAAUAAGCCAGAAUAACCAGGAGAAGGCAUUUGAAUUAUAUAUAAAUCAAACAAUUAAGAGAAACAGACUAUUUAUUAACCAGAGUGUAUAUUUCUUAAAUGACAUAUACGUAUACACAAAGGGAAAAGGACUUUUAGGAAGUAUUUCAAUUUCAAUUAAUGAGAAGCCAGUUUACAGAUGUAUUAGAUGUGAUGGUGUGGUUAUCAGUACACCAACAGGAUCAAGUGGGUAUAAUUCAUCUGCAGGUGGUCCAGUUAUACACGGAAGUGUGGAUGAUGCCAUUAUUAUUACAUUUGUAUGUCCAGCAGAUAAGAAAGUUCCCCCUAUUGUUGUAUCUGCUAGUUGUAAGAUACGCGUGAAGAAUGGUAUUCAGAAUGAUCUAUUAUUUGGGGUAGUAGAUGGAUGUCUCUCCGUCUCUGAUUAUGAACUAACAAUUGAAGGCAAAAAAGAAGGGGCAGUUUAUUUUGCUGAUGUAACUACAGACAGAAUACACUCUGAUUUCAUGGAGGCAAUCCAGGAGUAA